AUGACAGAUACAGAUCGGUCACAACCAUUGAAUGUACCACGUGGUGGACGUUCUGCACGGUAUCGAACGCAUAGCUCAGGCAGUUUAUCAUCUUCGUUUGGUUCACCUUCGGGCUUGACGAAUAUAAACAACAACAAUGGUGGGAUCCCGAUGACACACAAUAAAAAAUCAGGUGUGGGAUCGAGUGGAAACAGUAAUAUUGGAUCACUUUCUACGACAAUGGGUAGUGGAAGUACGGGCGGCACUUUGCCGCAAUUCGAUGAAAAGCAUGCAGCUGCCGGAAAUAUUUUCGAACAUCGCCAAGAUUGGUCAAUACUCAAUCGUUUGCCUUUACAUAAAAGAAAUGCUAUACAUAUUCGUCUUGAAGAUGAAGGUCCCUAUGGAAAUGAUGAAACCCGUUGUUUCGUUUUAUCUCAAUUAUCGAUGGUGGGUUGUACAGACGUCGCAUGUACUGUUUGCGGUCAAUCAAUGGUUGUUUAUGAUCGUUAUCCUCUUGUUGAUGGGACACUUUUCCUCAGUCCUAUUAAACAUAGUGAUAAUGGGAAAGUCUCUGUUGCUGUUUAUCAUAACGAUCGACAGCUGUAUCUACAUGGCAUAUGUCUCGAGUGCCUAUCAAUGCGUUCAUUACAUGUACUUUGUCGUCUAUGUAAGACAAAAUUCAAUUUUGAUCCAAUUAUAUUCGGUACACUCUAUUAUUAUGAUCUGUUUGCGGCAUUUCCAUGCUGUCAAGCGCGUUUAUCCUGUUCGAAGUGUUUUCAACCAAUUGUUUCGAUAAAAGAUGGCUUAAUCAAUUUCAGUAACUACUCAUCGGAAUUCGAAUGCGGACAUUGUGGAAUGAAGAGUCACCAUUUUCCAUCUGCCUUUCUGAUUCUGGUUUGCCGAGCGCAAAGACAACAAGAUAAAUUUUUGUGGCAUCAUCAUUUAUUUGCAUUUGUGUAUUUGCUAAAACGAUUCUAUUCUAAUAAAACAAAGCCAAUUUGGUUAUGUACCAAGAUUUUGAGUAUGUUACACGACAAUCAGACAAAUACGGCAUUUAAUACCAAACAUCCAGCAAAUAAUAAGAACACAUCGCCGAAAAAAAUUAUGGGUCGGAAAAAGAUCAAUAUUACACGAAUUAAUGACGAACGCACUCGGCAAGUGACAUUUACUAAACGGAAAUUUGGUUUAAUGAAGAAAGCCUAUGAAUUAUCGGUUUUAUGUGGUUGUGAAAUAGCGUUAAUGAUAUUCAAUAGCAAUGACCGUCUAUUUCAAUAUGCAUCAUCUGAUAUCAACAAAGUCUUAUUAAAAUAUGCAGAAUAUAAUGAACCACAUGAAUCAUGUACUAAUGUUGAUAUUAUUGACAUUUUGAACAAGAAACAUCCGACAAUGAAGCCGGUGGCAAGUGGUAGUAGUGAAGAUACUGAAAUACUUGAACAACAUGAUGACAGUAAUGAACAAACAUUUGGGGAUAGUGUUAAUAGCUUUCUUACGCAUAGCAAUCUCAGUUGUUCUUCAUCAACCAACAAUAGCCAUGACAUGACAUUCCUCAAUAACAACAACAACAACAACAAUGUGCCAACAGCAUUUUCGACAACAACAGUUUUGCCCGAUUUUCAAUAUUUAACAUCGCCAUCGGGUGAUAAGUUUGUCUCCACAGCGACAUCAAAUCACAUUCCCAUCUAUUCGAUUCCGAAAUCUGUUGAUGCUAUUCAGUAUGGAAAUAACAUUACCAAUAACACGAAUCUUCAUUCGAAUUCAACACAUGUCACACAAUCGACAUCUGCCACGAUGAAUAGUUUUAUAACUCAACAACCAACAACAAACAUUGGUCGUAUCAUGACUGUUGGUCCGGACAUGAACGUUUCAUCGAUUGAUAUCAGUGCGCUUGCUUCUCAAUUGACUUCAAACUUUUUGGCAUCAUUAACAAACGCUACGGUAGUUACAACGGCAAACAACGGCUCAGCAGCUAUUCCGAUAAAUUUAAUUAAUCGAGAUAGUCAAACAACAAAUAUCGGCACGGGACAAACAAUUAUGUUAACUAAUAGUCCUAAUUCGAUUGUAUUAACUGGUCAACAACAGCAGCAGCAUCAACAGCAGACACAACCGAUAUGUCGAAAUGUUAUUAAGCAGGAACCGAUUCUCUAUACCACAGCAGCAGGCAGAAAUGAUUUGUGUUAUGAAACAAACCUGAAACAGACGCAUUUGUGGCCGUAA